AAAUAUGUAUUUGUCUUUAUUUAUUGAAGAAAAGAAAUGAAGAUAGACACAUGCUUACCUGGUAGGUAAGUUCAGCAAGAAGUUAGAACAACUGGCCCUAAAUCGUUUUUAAGCGAGAAAGGAAACGAGAGGAUAAAUUAAUAAUGAGCCUCCCGAUAAAAAUUGAAGAACAUUACAUCUGUUUAGAUAUUCAUAGGCUAUUUAGCGAUGCAGAUAGGAGGGUUGUACAAAUUCGUUUUUUCGAACGAAAACUGCACGCCUAUAGUAAAAAUGAUGCGACAGACGUUAAUACCUAAAAUAUUUACAAGGUGUCUGUACUUUGCACAUUAGCAUGUGCAUUUCAGAACUUCUUCCGUGGACAUGCGUAAUUACCAUGCUCCCUGAGAAACAAGAGAGAGAGCUGAAUUCAUAAAAAAAUGCCAGUCGCGGUUUAGUCUUGGACAUGGACAGCUCUAAAGAAUCGGUACACGCAGACUUGGAUUGGGCCAUUGGAAUAAAUCGGAGAUGUCUGAAAAUUGUCGGUCUUUGGCCGGAUGACAAGUUAAGUCGUCGACAAAAAUUUAUAACGAAUUUACGCGCCACCGCUUUCUUUGCUACAAUGCUUUGCGUAUCGGUCAUACCUGGUAUAAUGGCAUUUGUGAGAGUCUGGGGCUAUAUGAUGGCGAUGACGGACAAUAUGCAUAUUAAUUUGCCUUUCUCAGUAAACAUGCUAAAAUUUAUUAUUAUGUGGUUUCACAGAGAAGAACUGGAACCGCUUUCAAGAAUGGUCAUAGAAGAUUGGCUCAGAGAAAAAACAGAGGAAGAACGAAAUAUUAUGAUAAAGCACGCAAGAAUUACCAGAAUAAUAAUCAUGUUCGGAUGUACCAUGAUGAUCAUUGCGUGCUUCCUCCUCAUUAUUCUUCCCAUGUUCGGCUACACCAUGAGAUAUUUGACGAAUUUGACAGAUCCGGGAAGGCCGUUUCUGGUGCAAACGUAUUAUUUGUGUGACAUAACGGAGACCCCGUACUACGAAAUCGUGUUGGUCGCCCAAGCCACGUCGAUUAUAGUGGGCGCGAUUUCUUACACGGGUAUCGAUACUUUCCUGAGCUUGGUUGUAUUUCACAUAUGUGCUCAAUUGGAAAUUCUAGAAGGGCGAUUUCUUAAUUUGGACAAAUACAAGGACUUCAAGACCGGAUUAACUAUUAACAUCAAAGAUCACCUACGUCUCAUUAGGUCUGUUGAUGUCGUCGACAACACAUUCAACUUGAUGCUUUUGACAUUAUUAAUAUCUUUCGGAAUGUUAUUUUGCAUACAAGGAUUUCUAAUAGUUUCCAUCAUUGACGGAACCACUGACGUUUCCUUUUGGCGAAUAUGUUGGCUUGUUUCGAUUCUUAUUAAUACAGGCAGUCACAUGUGCCUGUACUGCGUGGUCGGAGAAAUUCUUAUAGCCAAAGGUGAAGGAAUAUAUAAAGCGGUUUAUAACUACACGUGGUAUUUGAGGCCACCGACAGAAGUUAGAAACCUGCUGCUGAUAAUAGUUCGCGCCGAAAAGCCUCUAUACAUUACCGCGGGCCGGAUGUUUCCCAUGACACUAUCCAUGUUUUGCAAUUUAAUAAAGACGUCAGCCGGUUAUGUAUCUGUAUUGCUUGCUAAUCAGUAAUUCUUCAAUAAUCAGACGCAAACAUAAAACGGACGAAUAUACGGAAGAAACUAUUUGAGUGAUGUGAAUAAUGUGCAAUCGUGUUCUUCAUUCAUCUUACAUUUGUCUAUGCUUUCAAGUGUGAUUAUUAUUUUAAAAGGAAAAAAAAUAUAUAUAUACAUAAAUACAUAUAUAUAUUUCUCAAUAAUAAAAAAAU